AUGUCGACUAAAAAUCUUUCGUUGGCAAACAAAAUUGAUGAGAAAUUCGUUCCACCGAUGAAACAAGUCAUACCAAGUGAGAUGGAAAAGUUGAACGAUUUGACGAAAUGGCCGAUUACUCUGGAUGUUGUUGGAGUCUUUUUCGGUCUUUCAUUUCAUCCUGAUGUUACAAUUAAUGAUCAUCGUCAAUUCACCAUUCCAUCCCAUAUGAAUCGGUUGAUUGCUUUGAUUAUAGUCGAUAAAGAUAUUGGCAAAUGUGUCGAAGAACUACGCAGGGUUUGCGCACAACUUCACCCGGAUUUAUUUGAUGCAGUUUUCAGCAAGACUGGUGUAAAUGAAUCAGGACGAGAUAAAUUAGAUCAUCUGUUUGUUCUAACUCAAACUCUUGAUGAAUUUCGUCAAACUGAUUAUUAUCAAUUUAGUGCAAAAACGCGAAGUGAAGUCUCGCUGGUAUGUGUCUGGAUCAAUGAUCUGAUUGAAAUACCAGAGAAAUAG